AUGGGAAGAACAGGGAAACUCAAGAAGAAAGCUACUUCGGUCCAUUCUCGUGCUGCGCGCCGAGGUGCCUCGCCAUCCGAUGUCAACAAAUCGCUAGAGUCGGUGCCUCGUAUGGAGGCCCCGACGAAACCCUCUAGUAUACUUGCAGCCCACACGAGUGCCGGAAUAUCUAAGAAGAAGUCCAAAGCGAAGCCAUUGUCUCGAGCCCAGCGUCUUCGCCAACAAAAGGGCAUCGAGAGAGCAGAGAUGGUUAUUGACCAACUCGAAACCAAAGUGGCCAAGAGCAUCGGAAAAGCAAAGGCCAUUAAUGCACGAAGGGCACAAUGGGAAGAUUUGAAUAGCAAAAAUGACAAGACGAAGGCUAUCCAGCAAGGACAAGAAAGCGAUGACGAGCAGAUGAAAGAAAUUGAGAAGCCUGUAUCAGCUGCUCCCAAAUCUUCAUCCAAAAUUGCUCUUCCAGUAUCUGCUGAAAAUAAUGUGCCGUCUGCUGGAUACGAAGCUGUCGACGAGGAUGACAACAUUACUUGA